AUGAUUAAUUACAUUAUAAAACUCAAAGAAAAGAAAGAACAAGAGAAAACAACAACAAUAUUUAAAAUUUCACAAUCAAAUAUCAAAUUCAUAUCACUUGGAGAUGGAAUAAUAACAAAUAAAAAAGAAAUAGAAAUAGGAGAAGGAGAAGAAAUUGAAGUAAAUAAAGAAAUCAGAGAAUUAAUAUGUAUUGGAAAUGAGAAGAAAGAAAAAAAGAAAAUACAAAUAAGUAGUAAAGAAGAAAAUGAAAAAUAUUCAAUUAGAAUCAAACCAAAUAUUAUUACAAUUGAAGGAGGAUAUGCAUGUGAAUUUGAAAUAUUCAUUACAAUCAAAUGUACUACUAAAUUAAAGAACAAAUAA